UUCGACAGCAACAAGUGUCUCUCAUGUUUUUUUUCUGGUUGACAUAGACAAAUCCUUAUAAAAUUUCAUCUUGUGGAUUGUUUUUGACAACUGAAAAUCCGGCUUCAUUUUUUGCGGACCAUUUUUUAUUCGCCGAAGCCAAAAAUUAUCUGUUUUGUUUUCGAAUGGCCAAUGUUAUUAGCAUUUAUUUUUUGAAUGAGAAAAAAUGUCCGAUGAUUAUGAUUCAAAUGAUAAUAAUAAUAUUAAUAAUGAUAAUGAUAAUCAAUCAUCAAAUUUGGUAAAGAAAAAAAUUCAUUGGCAAUUAAUUGAAAGACGACGACCACAAUCAGUGACAAUACGUACAGCCAUUCCGACAGCUGCUGCCGAUGAACUUCGAAUGUUUGUCGAAAAAAAUCAUUUACAAUAUCGUCAUCAACAACCAAAACAUCCAUUGGAUGAUUUUGAAAAUCUUUUCAAUCAAUUAAAUCUGAAUGAUGAUGAUGAACUAUUGGAUCGUGCUGAACGGCGAGAUUUACCGGCAAAAUUUCAACAAUUAUAUCGUAAAAAUGUCGUUAAACAGCAACAAUUUGAUAAUCAUAUGGAUAGAUCAUCAGUAUUGAAAAGGUCACCAACAAAAACUCCGGCAAUUCCUGCUCGUCGUUCAGCUAUGCCCAACGUUAUAUUGGAUGAUGUCGCCUAUCGUCGUUAUGAUAAAAAUCGUCAACAAAAAGCGUUACCAAUGUGGCCAUCACCGAAAAAAUCUCAAAAUCAUAAUAGAUCUCAACAACAACAACAAUCUGAUUCAAUUUGUUAUAUGUUUCUUGAUAACUAUGAAGAUUGGCUAAAUGAUUCGCACAUAUCAGAAAAUAACACUGCCAUUCAUGAUGAUGAUGAUUAUGAAAAUGAAUAUACCAUGGGAAAAUCAUUACGAAAAAAUCCCGAUCUUAUACAGGAUGAUCUGUUGAAUCGUCGUCUAAAACAAUCAUCAGCAUCACGUGUGCCAACCGUUCCGCCAUUACCAUUCGGUAUACCGAAUACACCGAUUACGACAGGCGUUCAAACGACUGGAUAUUCGAACGUUGAACUUGAUCAAAUCGAAUCACGUAAGCAACGAUUUCGUACAAGAGAAUCAUCACCACAUUUAAUCAAUGAUGAUUUUGCAUUUCGGAUGCUUCGUCAUGAUGUUCGUGAUGUUCGUAAAGAAAAACAAUUAUCAUCAUCAAUGAAUUAUAGUCAAAAUUAUUGUGAUAGUCAUAUAGUCAAUGGAUCACCAUAUCGUUCUCCCUCAUUAGCUCCGUCAUUAUCAUCGAAUAAUUCAUUAUCAUUGGAAAAAUUACGUAAACAACUUCGCCCGACUGUUAGAGACCGAUCAUCGAUAUCAUCGGCCGCUUCAUCGUCAUCAUCAUCAAAUACGACUGAUUCAUCAUAUGGAUUUAUCUGAUAUAAUUAUUCGAAAAUUUCCCAUUAAUCAUUUCCGUUUCUCUCUGAUUUGUGCCAGAUUUUUUUUUCACUAAUCUUUUUGUUGUUAAUGUUUAUUUGUUGAAAAU